UUUUCUCGUCCGGCUCUCUUCCCAUCUUCUCCGAUCCCCUUCAUCGCCGUUUUCGCUCCCAAUCUCCGUCUCUCCGACUGCACACGCCCAAACCCCCGGCGGCCGUCCCCAGCUCCACUCCGGCUGCAGUUCCCCUGAUCGGGGAAUGAUUACUUCGCCUUCCGCCGCUUGAAUUCCGUUCUCCGGUGGUUUGAUUUCCUUCUUCGUGCGCACUCCUACUUUCCGAGGAAGAAUAAAGGAAGGAGGAGACGAAGCCAAAUCGUGUUUCCGUUCAAAAUCAGGAGGUAGGGAAAGAGAGUGUCGGGGACGAUGGCCGCAUCCACCACCACUAGCAGUGUCUACAUCCAUGUAAUCGAAGACGUUAUCACCAAGGUCCGCGAGGAGUUCGUCGACAACGGUGGUCCUGGCGAAGCUGUUCUUAAUGAACUCCAAGGAAUUUGGGAGAUGAAGAUGAUGCAAGCGGGCGUGAUUGUGGGGCCAAUUGAUCGCUCUUCAGGCCAGAAGCAGGCUCCUGGUGGCCCUACUCCAGUGCAUGAUCUUAAUGUACCGUAUGAAGGCACCGAGGAGUAUGAGACGCCCACAGCUGAUAUGCUAUUCACUCCUGUGAGUAAUUUCUUGAGGCUUUCUACACCGUUGCAGACACCAAUGCAGACACCACUACCUGCACAAACACCUUUGCCAGGAAACGUGCAGACACCUUUGCCUGGAACAGCUGACAACUCCUCCAUGUAUAACAUUCCCACGGGAAAUAGUAGUGAAUAUCCUACUCCUAUAAGUGAUGCUGGUGGUAGUAAUGGCAACGGAGAUGCUAAAACGGGGCGACCUAGCCCAUACAUGCAACCUCCUUCACCUUGGAUGCAGCAAAGGCCCGCACUUGAUGUUAAUGUUGCUUAUGAGGAAGGGCGGGAGGAAGCUGAAAGAGCAGCCUCUAAUCAGCCCCUGACAGGACUUCUUCACGAUGUCUUCUGGAAAGCGGAAGCGUGAUGAUUUUCCACCACCAUAUAAUAAUGGCGGAUACAUACCGCAGCAAGAUGGCGCUGGAGAUUCACCAUCUGAGCCACAGGGAGGGUACGGGAAUCAGUUGCCUGCAAGUUUCUUUAAGAUCCCUCAAUCGGAUGGUCCCAUUCCAGAACCUUAUGAUGACGUUCUGUCCACUCCAAAUAUAUACAACUAUCAAGGAGUUAACGAAGAUUACAACAUUGCAAACACUCCAGCUCCCAAUGAAUUGCAGGCCAGUACUCCUGCCUUAGUUCAGCAGAAUGAUGUUCAAGAUGACGAUGAGGAUGAGCCGUUGAAUGAGGAUGAUGAUGACCCUGAUGACUUGGAUGACGUGGAUCAAGGAGAGGAACUGAACACGCAACAUUUGGUUCUGGCUCAGUUUGACAAGGUGACCCGUACCAAGAGCAGGUGGAAGUGCACACUUAAGGAUGGGAUUAUGCAUAUAAACAACAAGGACAUUCUCUUCAACAAGGCAACUGGGGAAUUCGACUUCUGAGCCGGUGAGAGUAUGGUGUCCAACGGCACAGUCAAUUGAAAUGGAAGGGGGGUGGUGGCUGGUGGUGUUUUCUGUAAUUCCGCACUAAUCAUAUUAUUAAGUGAAUGAACUCGUGAUAAAAGCUUAGUUGAGAGAGAGAUGAUGCUUUUGAUUUGAUGAUACCCUCUAUUUCCAGAACUGCUUUGAAGUGUAUGAAGUAUGAAGUACUACUACAUUUUUGCUUGUAGCCAUUCAUGUCAAAUUUCCUGUUGCUCAACUCUCAAUUGUGUUUGUGGCGAAGUCGGGACUUGUAGCGAGGAGGGGGUUAUUAGACGUUGUUCUACCACUUGCUAACAUUCUUGCGAUCGACUGUGUUAGAGGAUGGGGUUAUUAGCCG